AUGGCAACAAAAGCCGGGAAUCUGGAUUCUAACAUCAAAAAGAACACCGCCUUCAUAAAAAAGUGCAAGACAGGACUCACUGCCGAUGUCUCCACCCAGCUCUUGAACGACAUCAAAAAGCUCAGCCUAGAGAAAUACAUCUCUGAAAUCGUCGCCGCUAUUCUGGAAGGCCUCUUACGAUGCAAACUCAGCGCAGAUGUUGCUGCGGCGACAGAGGUCAUUUCCGCGUUGCACCAGCGUUUCCCGGAUACAUUCACCCUGCUGUUCACCUACCUCCUCUCCAAAGCACUUGCUCCUUCCCCAAAGUUAACCCACCAGCAGUUGGCGCAGGCAGGAAUGACACCUGAGCAACGCGAAAAGGAAGAGUCUUCAAGGAUAUCCCGCCAACGGGUGUUGAGUCGCGUCGCCACAGAUCUGUGGUUGGUCGGCGUAUUGCGAAAUGUAGAGGAUGGCGUGGCAACCCUGGGCACAGAGGGAUCAACAGGGGUGUCCAAAUCUGGAUCAGCGACCAAGGACACCGCUGCUGCAGCAUUGACAGGAUCGUCCAAGGAUUCGAAGGGAGCUCUUGCUGACGGCAAGGGCUUGCCCAACUUUAUCUACACAAUCCUUUUUGAUCUGCUUGCGGGAGACAGGGAUCACGUCAACCUUCCAAUCGUUCUCACAGUGUUAAAGAUUCACGGCAAGGAUUUGACAGGAAUUACUCCUCGUAAGGCGAAAACUGCUGGUGAUGGAAAGGACGCGGAACCGAAGACUUCGACGGCAGAGGAUACUAGCUCAGGACAGUCCGACGCAUAUGUAUCUCCAACGCAACAACAGCUCUUCAAGACCUUGUUCUCCGAGUACUACAAAAGCUUGGAGGCUCAUCUUGUUCGCGACCACAAGGAGUUGAAGAGAGUAGAGCGAAAGAACGAGGCGUCUCUUUUCUCUCGCGGAGAAUUGUCCGAGGAGCGCCAACAGCAAUAUGAGAAGCAGUUCAAGGCUUUUGAGAAACUCUCCACCUCAACUCAGUCUGUCGCAGAUGCUCUCGAUGUGGACGUACCUGUCCUCAAAGAUGAAAAGGAGGAUCUGAUCGGAAUUAUCGAAUCUUCCGGAGGCGCAGAGGAAAAGGGCGCAGGCAGCAGUGUGUUCGAGGACGAGGACAACGUCGUUUUUUACGAACAGAUUCUGGACCUCAGAACUUUGGUACCCAAGAUCUUCCUCGAGACUUCAAAGUCGAAAAAGGACAAGAAGGAUGACGGAGCUGAGUCUGAGAAGGAUGGGGAAAAGUCUACAGGCAAGGACAGCACUGCCACUUCCAACACCACCACCGCCGAUACUGAGAAUGCCUCCAAGGAUACUGCGGAUCAGAUUGAUGAAUUCGACGAUUCGACCGACCUUAUGAUGGAAAGCAUAGACGCGGAACUGGGGAACAUGGAGCUGAACGAUCACACCGGAACGGACUCGUUCCUUGCAGAGGAGACCGUUGCAACUGAACCAUUAACAACAGCGUCCAAGACAACCGCAACCCAGAUUGACGCAUUUAUGGCGAGACUCCCCAAUAUGUGCAACAGGGACAUGAUCGACCAGGCCGCAGUCGACUUUUGUUACCUCAACUCCAAGCUGAGCCGGAAUCGCCUUAUCAAGACGCUUGUACAAGUCCCUCGCGACAGGCACGACCUGCUUCCUUACUACUCUCGUAUGAUUGCAACCUUCAAGCCCUUUUAUCCGGAUGUCGCAGAGGAGGUCCUGAAUGCUCUGGAGCGCGAGUUCCGAGGUCUUUUGCGCAAGAAGCACUUGGAUCUCUCGGAGUCACGGGUCAAGAACAUCAAGUUUCUGUCCGAGCUGGUCAAGUUCGGCCUCACUCCGCUUCCAAUCAUCUUUCACUGUCUGAAGGUUCUUCUCGAAGACUUUGUCCCUCAGAACAUCAUUGUAGCCUGUGCACUUCUAGAGACCUGUGGCCGCUUCCUCAAGCUCAAGAGCACUGCCACCUCGACGCGCCUGGACGCGAUGCUGGAUAUCCUCAAGCGAAAAAAGGCUGCUCUUCAUCUUGAGCCCAGGUUUCUGUUAAUGAUCGACAAUGCCUACUACCAGUGCAACCCCCCAGAACAAAGCACAAGACAAAAGCGCGAGAUCCCUCCCAUCGAGCAGUUUAUCCGCAAGUUGCUCUAUCUUGAUCUUUGCAAAAAGAACGUCGAGAUCACUCACAAGUUGUUGCGAAAGUUAGACUGGAGCAAUCCCGAAAUUUACAACCUCGUUGUUCGCCUCUUCAGCAAGGUCUGGAAGAUCAAGUUCAGCAAUAUUCACUUGAUGGCUAUCCUUGUGAACGGGCUCAGUCGGUACCACUCUGAUUUCUCGAUCGCCAUUGUCGAUUCUAUCGCCGAAGACAUCCGGGUUGAUCUGGAGCAGAACAACUUUCGACACAAUCAGAAACGUAUCGCCAUCGUCAAGUUCUUGGGAGAGUUGUAUAACUACCGCAUGGUCGACUCGCCUCUGAUCUUCAGCACCUUGGACACCCUUCUCUCAAUAGGCCACGAGCAAGGAAGAGCGUCCCCAGAUCACCCCUCGCACAUUGAUGCUCCUCACGACUGCUUCAGGAUUCGACUUGUCUGUACGUUGCUUGAUACUUGCGGAAUGUGUUUCGAUCACGGAAGCUCCAAGAUCAAACUGGACUCGUUCCUAGUCCUCUUUCAGAUGUAUAUUCUCGCCAAGGAAUCCGUCCCACUGGAAAUCGAGUACAUGAUCGAAGAUACCUUUACGGAGCUGCGUCCCAAGCUGCGACGCUUCCAAACUUAUGAGGAAGCUUACGCAGCUGUCGAAGCGCUUCAUGGUCCUCUUGGAGGCAACGAUCCAAACGCCAACCUCCAGAACGACGACUCGGACUCGGAAGACUCGGAGGGAGAUGAUGACGGUGACGAUGACCAGCAGGACGACGAUGAUGAUGAUGACAGCGAGGACGACGAAGACGGUUUGGACGAUGACGAGGAGGUCCAUGCCAUGAGACAAAUGGACGAUGACGAGCAAGCCGUUGUCCUUACGAAUCAGCACAAGCCUGUGGAGGCUGUCGAUGAAGACUUUGAGCGCGAGUACCUCAAGAUGAUGACAGAGAGUCUGGAAUCUAGAAAGUUUGAGAGAAAGCACUUGACUCUUGAUGUUGCAAUCCCUGUUCUCAGAUCCGCAGAUCGCCGCGAAGAACCUGCUCUCAGUAAUCCGGACCAUGUGGCGUUCACCCUUUUGACAAAAAAAGGAAACAAGCAACAGCUGAAGACGGUUGGUUUGCCAAGCGACAGCUCUCUCGUAAUCAACACCAGGAAUCAAAGGGAAGCUGAACGUGAGGAGCAGCAGCAGUUGAAGCAACUAGUCCUAGACUACGAAGUCCGUGAGGAGGCCAAUCAGCGCGCAGCACUGGAACAGUCCUUGCGGAAUCAAGGUAUCCGAUUGAACUUUAUCGACGACAGUCGACGAGGUGGUAGUGGUAGUGGUAGCGGCAGUGGCGGCGCCGGAAAUCCGAGCUACCGUGAUUCAGCGAGCGCUUCGGGUGGUCUUGGUCGUGGUGAUCGAGGUGGACAUAGCCACGGACAUGAUCCUAAUCGAAACAACACACGAUGGGCUCGUAACCAGUCUGUUGGUGUUGGCGCCGGGUUUGGAACAGAAAGUGCGCUGACAAACUUGGGUGUUGAUGGGUAUGAGCGUCGACCUGUUGGUGGACAGUCGGGUCGAGGACGUGGGUCUGGUGGAAGGUAA